AUGAAGAGUUCAUUUUUCUGGUUGCUCGCUUUCUUGUCGAUGGAUUUCGCAAGGCUUGACUACGAACUCAACCGCAUUGCAUCUCGGCACAAGUUGCCCAUGCAGAAGGUGUUGGAGGAGUGGCUGGAGAGGCAGGAGAGCAGUGAUCCUGAGAGUUGGAGGCAGUUGGAUGGGAUACCCUGCAUCAUGGGUGGUUUGACCGCACUGUGCGGCAGACUCGAUGGGCAAGGGGGAAACUUUCCUUGGAAGACCCUGCCCACCCUUCUGGAGAAACAUGGCUUCGUCCUCCACAACUAUCCUGAAAACACUCUCAUGCCUGGUGAGAGACACAACACGCUCAGAAAGAGCAAGGGGAUCCAUGACUUAACUCUUUGCGAACGUGGUGUACUUGCGGAUGCCCUUAAAGAUGAUUUCGCUGAUUCUCACAUCGAUUGGAACGGACAUCGUCGUCUCAGGCUACACAACACUUCUCCUGCGCCUUCUCGUCCCCAUCCUCGUCCUGGUCCUUCUCGUCAUCUUAUCACACUGCACGAGACUUCUCCUGUGCCUUAUAAUCCCGUCCCUUCUCGUCGUCGCAAACUCCACAUGUUCGUGGAGGUUCCUCUCCCUCCACCCUCCUGGAGGUUGCUUGCCGCACAGCAAGCUGCCGCAGCAGACGAUAUGAUGCAGCAACCUUCCUCACCCGUUUCUGUGAGUAGAGCUGACACCAGGGAGCUCAUUCCGGCCAUAGUCUGCCUUACUCAGAAUUCAACAAUGACAGAUGGCGCUGUCGAUGAAUUCGAUGGGCUUGUUGGGUCGCAAGAGAAUUAA